CUCCCCGCCGAGCCGGUCCCGCCGCUCCAGGUGAGACGACUCCUGGCAAGCAGCGCGCCGCGGCCAUGGGCACCCUGGGCAAGGCGAGAGAGGCUCCGCGGAAACCUUCCCAUGGCUCCAGAGCUGGCCCUAAAGCAAGACUAGAGGCCAAAUCAGUCAACAGCCCUCUCCCUGCCCAGCCCAGCUUGGCCCAGAUCACCCAGUUCCGAAUGAUGGUGUCCCUGGGACAUUUGGCCAAAGGAGCCAGCCUGGAUGAUCUUAUUGACAGCUGCAUUCAAUCUUUUGAUGCAGAUGGAAACCUGUGUCGAAGUAACCAGCUGUUGCAAGUCAUGCUGACCAUGCACCGCAUCAUCAUCUCUUCGGCUGAGCUGCUACAGAAACUCAUGAGCCUAUAUAAAGAUGCCUUGGAGAAGAAAUCUCCAGGAAUGUGUCUGAAGAUCUGCUAUUUUGUCAGGUAUUGGAUAACAGAAUUCUGGAUCAUGUUCAAAAUGGAUGCCAGCUUGACCAGCACCAUGGAAGAGUUUCAGGACCUGGUGAAAGCCAACGGUGAGGAGUCACACGGCCGCCUCAUCGACACGACACAAAUUAAUUCUCGAGACUGGUCCAGGAAACUGACCCAGAGGAUAAAAUCGAACACCAGCAAGAAGCGGAAAGUCUCCCUGCUGUUUGACCAUCUGGAACCCGAGGAACUGUCUGAACACCUCACCUACCUUGAGUUCAAGUCCUUCCGAAGGAUCUCUUUCUCUGAUUAUCAAAAUUACCUUGUAAAUAGCUGCGUGAAGGAGAACCCCACCAUGGAGCGGUCCAUCGCCCUGUGCAAUGGCAUCUCCCAGUGGGUACAGCUGAUGGUUCUCAGCCGUCCCACCCCGCAGCUGCGCGCAGAGGUCUUCAUCAAGUUCAUCCAUGUGGCUCAGAAGCUCCACCAGCUGCAGAACUUCAACACGCUGAUGGCUGUGAUCGGGGGGCUGUGCCACAGCUCCAUCUCCAGGCUCAAGGAGACGAGUUCACAUGUGCCGCAUGAGAUCAAUAAGGUUCUGGGUGAGAUGACUGAACUGCUGUCCUCCUGCAGAAACUAUGACAACUACAGGCGAGCCUAUGGGGAGUGCACCCACUUCAAAAUCCCCAUCCUGGGAGUGCACCUCAAGGACCUCAUUUCCCUGUAUGAAGCCAUGCCCGACUAUCUGGAGGACGGGAAGGUGAAUGUCCAAAAGCUCCUGGCCCUUUACAAUCAUAUCAAUGAACUGGUCCAGCUGCAAGAGGUGGCCCCACCACUGGAUGCCAACAAGGACUUGGUGCACCUGCUAACGCUAUCCCUGGAUCUGUACUACACAGAAGACGAAAUCUAUGAGCUCUCUUAUGCCCGCGAACCAAGGAACCACAGAGCCCCGCCACUAACUCCUUCAAAGCCACCAGUUGUGGUGGACUGGGCCUCUGGAGUAUCUCCCAAACCAGACCCAAAGACCAUCAGCAAACAUGUCCAGAGGAUGGUGGAUUCUGUCUUCAAGAACUACGACCUUGACCAGGAUGGAUACAUCUCUCAGGAGGAGUUUGAAAAGAUUGCCGCAAGCUUUCCGUUUUCCUUCUGCGUGAUGGACAAAGACAGGGAAGGCCUCAUCAGCCGGGAUGAGAUCACAGCCUACUUCAUGAGGGCCAGCUCCAUCUAUUCCAAGCUGGGCCUGGGCUUUCCUCACAACUUUCAAGAGACCACCUACCUGAAGCCUACUUUCUGUGACAACUGUGCUGGCUUUCUCUGGGGAGUCAUCAAGCAAGGAUAUCGCUGUAAAGACUGCGGGAUGAACUGCCACAAACAGUGCAAAGACCUGGUAGUGUUCGAGUGCAAGAAGAGAAUCAAGAGCCCAGCAGUAUCCACGGAGAACAUCAGCUCCGUGGUGCCGAUGUCCAACCUUUGCCCACUGGGAACCAAAGAUCUUCUCCAUGCACCUGAGGAAGGAGCGUUUAUAUUCCAGAAUGGGGAGGCUGUGGACCACAGCGAGGACAGCAAGGACCGGACCAUCAUGCUCCUUGGGGUGUCCUCCCAGAAGAUCUCAGUGCGGCUGAAGAGGACUGUUGCCCACAAGACCACCCAGACGGACCCGUCUGCUUGGGUCGGCAGCGAGAUGCCAGCUGGCCACUUGGUGCUGUCCUCCCCGCGGAAGCCAGCCCAGGAUGGUCUGUAUGUGCUUCCCAGCCCCACAUCCCCAUGCCCCAGCCCAGUGCUGCUCCGGAAGCGGGCGUUCGUCAAGUGGGAGAACAAAGAAUCACUUAUAAAACCCAAACAGGAGCUUCACCUCAGACUCCGGACCUACCAAGAGCUGGAACAGGAAAUAAAUACCCUGAAAGCAGAUAAUGAUGCCCUGAAGAUCCAACUCAGGUAUGCACAGAAGAAGAUAGAGUCCCUUCAACUUGCAAAAAGCAAUCACGUCUUAGCAAAGAUGGACCGGGGUGAUUGCUCCUAAUCCAGAAAUCAAGGAACAGAAUCUGUGGACGAGUAUCCUGGGAUCUCACUUCAAAAACUGAUGGCAGAGGCAGAGGUUCGGGCAACUUCAGACUAACAGUCUUGAAAAGGGGCAAGCCAGCCACUGUUGCCGGUGUCGUUGUUUUUCUACCUAAAAUACUCUUAAUGUGAGUCACUGGUUUUCAGUCAGCUGACUCGAUGGGAAGAAAAGCUCGAGUAUGUUAAGCUUUGAGCAUUCAUAUUCAAAUCUCGUUCUUUCUUUACUGGAACCAACACCAAACGUGUGCUUAAAAUAAGACUCUAGUUUCCUGACAGCGUCUCGGGCAGCCUGCUUUACUGAUCCGUAGAUUAAAAAGUCCCUGGAGGAUCAACUUGUUGCCUUCCCCAAGGUUUCUGCAAACUGAAAAAUUUACUUUAACCCAAAGCCUGCACUUGAUGGAAAUACCCUAAAAGUGACUUUGACAGGCCUGCGUUGUUGGUGAGACCGAUCCCUACUUCACUACCUCAGAUCUGACCAAGCGCCUCCUUCCUUCCCUGUCCUUCCUCACCACCACCCUCCCUUGUUUGUAGGCACAUCAGUCUAGCUACCUAGAAGGGAACUCCUAGAGAUGGAGAGCCCGGUUUUAAAUCCAGGACUUUUUAAUUGAACUUGACAUUACCCAAGUGCAGGUCUUAGGCAUCAUGAAAUACAAACUAAAACUCACGAUCCACAAACAGCAAUCACCAUUUCAUACACAGCUAAUUAGCUAAGACAAACGGCAUAAAGAUGUUUGUUCAGAUAUUCUCUAGUGGGUACAAUUAAGAAUCCGUGACUUUUUCAAAGGAAUGGUCUGUGGACAGUGUUUAAUUCUUCACAUUCGAGUUUUUCUCUCUCUCUCUUUAAGUAAACUAUCUUAAGGUUUUCUUUUUAACUGAAUUUGUGCUUAACCUGUCUUCACUUCUACUAUCUAGAAAUAAGCUAAUGGGUAUGAUGCUCUAACAGCUGACGGCAUGUACAUAUGUAUAGAAUAUGUAGAUACACUAUCAGGCAUGCAUGUAGCUUGGACCUUCUCCUUUAGAGAAUGCAGAUGUGAAUCAAACACCUUUUAGGAAUCGACACAAAUUCACAGAUAGUUCUCUUCGUUAUAACACAAACUGCAAACAAUGUGAAUUGUAUUCUUUUGCAAAACCACGAGUACCAGUCUCUGUGUAUUCCAUCAUGAAAGAGUAAAAGUCAGCGGUUUUGACUUGUUGCCUGGGAAGCUAUUCAGACUCUCUUAUCAGCUUCUUUUCAUUUUUCAAAAGCAUUUCAUCUGAGUGUGUCCUUUGGGGGGAGACUUUGCUUCCACACUUGGAAGGUCUGACACCAUGCUAACUUGUAAUCCAUACACAGGACGAACAACUUCCAAGAGUACCAUCUAACAAAGUAAGUUCCAAACCUACAGCCAACAGCACCAUGUCUCCAGAGGAAUGCGAACUGUAUGUGGUGCUGCCCCCUAAAGUACUCGGAUCGCUUAAGUUUGUUUGAUGAAAGACCAAUGCCCAUUUGUGUACCUCUUUGUGGAGUUUAGUGACAAAGACCUGGCUUGUGGUUAAAGUUUUACUAGAACCGCUUUACACACAAUUUCAUCCUUAUUCUAUAUAGAAACUUGGAAAUUCACAAAGCAUAGCUACCACCUCGUACAUAUACCACUAGCAGGUGUAAUAUGGAACAAUUAUUUGGAACAAUUAUGAGUAAUGACAAACCUCAAAAUUUAUAUUGUUCACUAUGAAAACUUUCCUCUGCUAUGCACAAGUGCAUAGCCCAAUUUUUUUAGACACUGUAUUUUUCUUAUUCCUUAUCCCCCAAAAGAUCUCCCAGGGAGUUUUUAUGUAAAUAACCUGUAACAUAGGAAUUCAGAGGGCCUCAAUCAUGGCUAGGUGGUCCCAGCAUGAACUGACAGAAAAGACAGGAGGAGGCAGUACUUCCAUCAGAUUCUUACAGUCCAGCACAGAUAAAAGAUGCUUGGAGUCUGCAUUGGUACCGCUCCUGCAGAGAUGCAGGACUGGAGUCUGCACUGGUACCGCUCCUGCAGAGAUGUAGGACUAGAGUCUGCAUUGGUACCGCUCCUGCAGAGAUGUAUGUAGGACUGGAGUCUGCAUUGGUACUGCUCCUGCAGAGAUGUAUGUAGGACUGGAGUCUGCAUUGGUACUGCUCCUGCAGAGAUGUAUGUAGGACUGGAGUCUGCAUUGGUAGGUACCGCUCCUGCAGAGACGUAGGAGCAGAUGGAUCUCCUGAUACAACUGGGAACAAAGUUCAGCUUAUCACACAGAGUUUUGUUUACCACACUGUUUGAAAUGUUCGGGCAGAUACAUGUCUGCCAAAACAAGGACCAAUCCUGUCAGUGAUAGUGACGACACUUAACUUCUCUGUUGACUGACUCACCUCCUUACUGAUCACAAUUCUGUCUAAAGAUGUACAAUGUAAAAGCCGCAAGAAAAUAAUGUACAGACUGUAAAAUUUUUGAUACCUAUUGUACGUUUUCUGUGUCUAAUAUUUAUAUGAUAAAAGACAUUUGGAUUCCUGUAA